GGCAGUGCCGCUCGUGGCCGGCGACAUGGUCGGGUCAGUGCUGCUGCCGCCAGAGCUAUGGCAGAGGACAUUGAAGAUAUGGUCAUGGGCGAGAUCCUCUCUCGCAAAGACAAAGAGCGCAAGAAGCUCGAAAAGUCACACCCGGAACUCAAGACAAUGUGGAAGGAUCUUGAACAGAUCCAGGUUAUCAAGCCAGUGCAAGCUGCACAGCCUACGAGCAUCACCCGCCGCCUCAAGCCAUUUCAGCUUGAAGGUCUUGAUUGGAUGGUGAAGCAGGAGCAGACUCAGUACAAGGGUGGACUUCUUGGCGACGAGAUGGGUAUGGGCAAGACGAUUCAGGCCGUCUCGCUCAUCAUGUCCGACUAUCCGCAGAAGGAGCCCACGCUCGUUCUUGUUCCGCCCGUCGCAUUGAUGCAGUGGGACGCCGAGAUCACCGAGUAUACUGACGGCAAGCUGAACGUUCUGGUCUACCACGGCUCAAACACCAAAUGCAAAAAGAUGAAAGUCAAGGAUCUGAAGAAGUUCGACGUUAUUAUGAUGUCCUACAACAGCUUGGAGUCGAUGUAUCGAAAGCAGAUCAAGGGCCAUGGCCGAGGAGAGGACCUUGUCCGCGCAGACUCCCCCAUCCACGCAAUCCACUUCCAUCGCAUCAUUCUCGAUGAGGCGCACAGCAUCAAGGCUCGAGAUACUGGUGUCGCAAAUGCUUGCUUCGCUUUGCAAGGCACUUACAAGUGGUGCCUUUCGGGUACGCCAGUCCAGAACCGUAUCGGCGAGUUCUUCUCCCUCCUUCGCUUUCUCGAGGUUCGGCCAUUCACCGAUUACUUCUGCAAGGAGUGCCCGUGUUCUAUCAUGCAGUGGAAGAAGGACGGAAAUCACAAUUGCGUCAACUGCAAGUGUCGAAUGAUGUCGCACGUGUCUGUCUUCAACCAGGAACUUCUCAAUCCUCUCACAGAGGCUGAAGACGCUUCUGUUCGUAGCGCUGCUAUGGCCAAAUUGCAUAUGAUCACGGCGCGUAUCAUGCUCCGUCGUAUGAAGCGUGAUCAUACUGCCUCCAUGGAACUUCCUCCGAAAGAAGUCAUCAUCCACAACGAAUUCUUCGGCGAGAUCGAGCGCGACUUCUCAUCCAGUAUCAUGAGCAACACUACACGCCAAUUCGACACUUACGUCGCCAAAGGUGUCAUGCUCAACAACUAUGCCAAUAUUUUCGGCUUGAUCAUGCAGAUGCGUCAAGUCUCGAAUCAUCCGGACUUGCUUCUGAAGCGACAUGCCCAGCAAGGCCAGAAUGUCCUUGUUUGUAACAUCUGCGACGAGGUGGCUGAGGAUGCUAUCCGUUCUCAGUGCAAGCACGACUUCUGCCGCGCCUGUGUCAAGUCCUACGUUCAAUCAGUUACAGACGAUGAUGGCGACGCCGACUGUCCUCGUUGCCAUAUUGCUCUUGCUAUCGACUUCGACCAGCCAGAAAUCAUCCAGGACGAAGAUGUGGUCAAGAAGUCAUCUAUCAUCAACCGCAUCAAGAUGGAGGACUGGACGUCUUCAACGAAGAUCGAGAUGCUCAUCUACGAUCUCUACAAGCUGCGCUCGAAGAAACAGACGCUCAAGUCCAUCGUCUUCUCGCAAUUCACAUCCAUGCUGCAACUGAUCGAGUGGCGAUUGCGUCGUGCUGGUUUCAACACCGUCAUGCUUGAUGGGUCCAUGACGCCAACUCAGCGGCAGAAGAGUAUUGACCAUUUCAUGAACACGCCAGAUUGCGAGAUCUUCCUGGUAUCCCUCAAGGCUGGUGGUGUUGCUCUCAACUUGACCGAGGCGUCUCGCGUCUUCAUCGUCGACCCUUGGUGGAACCCAGCCGCAGAGUGGCAGUCCGCAGACCGUUGCCAUCGUAUCGGCCAACGACGUCCUUGCGUCAUCACUCGUCUCGUCAUCGAAGAUUCUGUCGAGAGUCGUAUCGUCAUGCUUCAAGAGAAGAAGGCGAACAUGAUCAACAGCACUAUCAAUAACGAUAAGGGUGCUAUGGAGAAGCUCACUCCAGAGGACAUGCAGUUCCUCUUCCGCGGCAAUUAG